AAUUUUGUAAUUUUGUAAUUAGUUACACUACCAACGCAAAUCCCCCCCAACGCAUUUCACCGAUCUUCUUCCCCAACGACGAGCGAAUUGACACGGAGAAGUGAUUCCGCAGAACACUGAAGAAAGGAAGAAAUCUAUAUAGUGAACUGAAGCUGAGAUGGGAGAUUCAGAUCCUAGAAACUCUUUGAGAUGCAGACACUGUGCAGGUCCUCUCACCAAGGAGAUGGAAACCAGUGCUUGGACUGUUGGACCUCUUAUCAGAGAUAGCUUUUCCAUGAUUGGUUCUGCUGUUGGUGGUGUGUCAAGUGCAUUCUAUGGAUUCAAUCUAGUGAUGCCAAUUGUUCAAAGGCGAGUGAAAGGACCUAUGUGGUUGCAUUUCUUGAUUGGUGCCCCACCAGUGAUAGUAUUCUCAUCAGCUUGUGCUGGAUUAGCAGGUGGUGCUAUUCCAGCGCUUACUCAACUUGCAGCUUCAUCAUAUCACGCAGCAGUCUCGUCAGCGCCACCUCCUCAAGAUGAUGACAUCAGCAAAUCAAGAACUUCCUCCACAUUAUAACAAAAUGGUGAAUCACUGAGUUGACUCGAUCUUCGAUCUGGAUUUAUACAGCUUGAACCACAUGUACAUGUUUUGAAUUUUGGGAUUUGAUUUUGAAACUCAACACAUAUAUAUAGUAGAUGGGUGUUUGAUAAAA